GAAAAACCUUGUCCCAGCAGAGAGGGGCCCAGAGCUGGGGAGCCCAGGCUCUGGGAUGCCAGACAGAUGGGGGUUGGGGUGGCCCCUGUGGACUUCCUGGUCUCUAGCUGGUGGGGCGCCACUAAGAGUUCAGCGGCCUUGGGCAAGUUAUUUAAUGGCCAGUAACGGGAGGCACUGGGGAACAUUUUUUGCUGCGUGCGUGCGGCGCACCCGUCUCUCUAGCGCCAUCCUCACCUCUGAGGGAAGGGCCCAGGCACCAGGGCAGCAGGUGGAGGGAGUGGGGGCUGAGCUCUAGCCGCCCUGGCUGGCUCCACGCCUCUGUGAGCCUCAUCUGGAAAAUGGGUGUGUGGAGGCUCCCAGGCCUGGCAGAGGAGUCAUGGUUGUCCUUCCUUCUGUCCUUCAGCUUGGUCCCUUCCUCUGCUGCCAGGGACUGUCCACUCCUUUGUCCAUCUGUCUUUGUCUCUGCCCAUUCGUUUGUGAUGUCUGCCCUGAUAUAUGUCUGUCUGUGCCCAUCCACCCACAUCCGAUGUUGUGUGUGUGUGUAUCUGUGUUUCUCAUUCUCUCCCUGCACGUAUAUCUGUGUGUGUGUGUUUUUUCAUUGUGGACGUGUAUUUCUAUGUGUGUGUGUGUGUGUUUUCAGUGUGUCUCUCCGUGUCUUCCUACUCUCUCGCUGCCUGUGCGUGUCUGUGUGCGCUCCCCCAUUUCGUUCCCUUUGUCCCUGUCCCGCAGUGUGUGUCACUUCCUCUUUGUGAGACAUGCGUUUGUGUGUGUGUAUUUAGUGUGAAUUUUGUGUGUGUUUGUGUGUCCAUGUCUUUCUUUUCUCUCUGUGCCUGUUUGUGUGUGUCUCUCUGUCUCUCUGUCUCUGUUUGUCUGUCUCUCUGCCUCUGUCUGUUAAGAGCAGAGCCUGUCCGGCAGAGCAGCGGAUGUAUGAGGGAUGAUUCAGUGGCUGACAGGAAGCUCGCCGCCUUGCAUCCUGCCUGCCAGUGUCUGUGGCACUGACAUCGGAUCAGGCAGGUGUGUGGGCUCAGGAUGAGGUGGCCGCAGUGAGGAGACCCCCGCUCUCAGUCUCCAGAUGCAUCCACGUCUCUACAAAUGACCUGGGGUGCUCUUGGCACCCUGCUCUGCCUACGGGUGGCCCUGGCCUUCACCAUCCCGCACCCGUGCCCGGAACAAGGGCUGCCCCGGUCCCUACCCCGGCCGCCUGAGCAUAAGAGCCUCCAUUAGAGACCUCUCGGUCAGCCUCAUCUGAAAGCCAAGCCCUGCAGGAAGAGUGGCCAGGAGUGGACAUGAGCGCGGACACGGAGCUGCUGUGGUCGGGGGCGGCCCUACUGCUGCUGCUGCUGGGGGCGGCGGCCGGCCUGUGUGUGCGCUGCUCCCCCCGUGCAGGUGCAAAGAGGUCCGAGAAAAUCUAUGAGCAGAGGAGCCUGCAAGAGAAUCAGCAGAACUUUGCAGUGGCCCGGACCUAUACCCUGGUCAGGGAGGCCUGGCCAGGGCCCCUGGUGGACACGGCCUCCAACGCGGCAUCAGCAAGGAAGGACAAGCUGCUGCAGUUCUCCCCCAGCCUCGAGGAGUCUUCAUCCUCCAGGUACCAGAACUUCAGCAAAGGAAGUAGACGCACAUCAGAUGCAUCCUACAUACACCCCUUCGCCACGGACUAUUUCGAUAGUGGGCGGUUCCAGAAGCCCCCGGAAGAUGAAGAUGACACCAAUUCCUAUGAGAACGUGCUCAUCUGUGAGCCAAAGAAAACCGAAUCAGGGGACGAGGAGUCUGACGGUUAUCAGAACUCAGCAUCCAUCCGGCAGUGGCGGGAGUCCAGGAGAGUCGUGGAGCCGGUCCCGAGGGAAGCACCUCCCUACCCGGUAGGAAGCCCAGACGAGGACGACGGGGAGCCCGAUUACGUGAAUGGGGACGUGGCAGCCAUCAAAGCCUAGAGAAGCCCUGGAGGAAGGAGCCAGGGAACCAUAUACUGCCUCCCCAGGGUCCCUUCUCCAGAGCUGCUCAACUUCUAGACCCCCUACGGCUACUCCUGGGAGGGGCACCAAUGCACCCUGAGGACCAGCCAGCCGGCCACGGGGUACCCAGCCCGGGAAAGGACAGUUACGCAUGGAGCCGCCCUCUGACUGGCUCCCACGGGCAAGGCAGGAGCCUGGGGCCGAGGGCAGCUCCCGCUGUGGUCAGAUGCCCAGGACUCAGGGCAGUCGCAUCCCCUUAACCGCAUUUAAAACAUCAUACUACA